CACGUACAUAAGCCCCGUGUUCGACGUGCACAUAUAUAUAUAUAUAUAUAAGUAUAUAUCGCGCGUGUAAACCUGGUUAGGGAGCAUGUCACAGACGCCGCUGCGUGCCGCGCAGGCGCUCAACGGGCAGGCUCAGGCGCUGCCCUAUGCAGACGAGCAGGACGAGGCGGUGGCGGAGGAGGAGGAGGAGGAGGCGCAGGCAAAGCUGCUGCCCGUGCGCAAACAAUCGCUGGGACAGCGUCGCAAUGUGGAGCUGCCGCAUCUGCUGGUGCUCAAUGAGCGGCCCGUUGAGCCGGAGAUGUGUUCCCUAAACUCUGGCACGCCCACGCCGCCAGCGGAGCGGGAGCGGGAGCGGGAGCGGGAUCACUUCGGACCUGGACUGCGUCGCAAUUCCAUAUCGCUGCCGCAGGGCAUUAAUUCGCUGGAUUUGGAGGCGUUGCGUUUGCGGCAUCAGAUGCAGGCGCAGGAGGCGCUGCACGAGGAGAGCCAAACGGAGAGUAUGGUCGACGAUGCCUCAGCCUCCAGCAUGGGCACGCCCACAACGAUUAUGGUGAUUCCCAAAGCGAAUGACAAUGCCAAGCAGGAGGACGAUGACAGCAGCGAUGAGUUUGGGAAUGCCAAGAAACCCGUCCAUAGGGAUCGCUUCCGCAGCCGCAGACGCGCCUCGAUUGCACCGCUGCCCGCCCUCCGACUGAACAGCAAGGAGAUGUUGGCCAGCGAUUUUGACACCCACAGCUUGGCCAGCAACCAGGCCUCGAUCACAAGCGUCAACUCGUUGGCCAGUUUGCUGCGCGAGAAGAUGCAGGCCUUUCCACAGCUGAUACGGAAAAAGAAGCGCGAGACAAAGGACUACAAGAUCAAGAUCUUUGUGAUCAUAAUGUUCUUCAUCAUUAUCUUUCUGAUUGGCUAUGCGUACAUUGCGUACCAUCACCAGGUGCUGACCCGAAGCUAUUUCCAGAAGAUCAAGUUCAAUUCGAAGGAUCGCAUCUUUCGCAUACUGAGCCACGAGGACAAGGAGGUGAUAUCCGGCCACCUGGGCGUCACACUGGACAGCGACACGGCGCCGUUCCACUGCCUGGAGAAUCAUCGGCGCAGCGACGGCAGCGUCUGCAUCGAGUGGAACGGCAUUGCCCGGCUCCACCUGAACUUCGAGGACAAGCAGGUCUUUCGCUGUUAUACGCUGCAAUGGCAGGCUUUGAGGCCGGGCCUGUUGCCCACCGAUUGCUACGAGCUGAAGCGGGACAAUGGCUUGUGGUUUGGCGGCGGCAUCACCAAGGGCCAGGAGUGGUCCCUCAGCUAUGCGAACUUUGACUUUAUGCCCUACGCCAGCGGCGAUCACAAGGUACAUCAGUUCGGCAACGCGGUCAAGCGCUACUUCAUCAACUCCAUAGGCGUGGCGAUGCAGGUGAGCGAACGCACGCCUCUCCAGCUGGGCAUCAAUCGCACCGAGAACCAGUUCUGCCUGCGGGCGGCCAACGAUGAUUUCACCUUUGUCAAUCGGCUGACGCCGCUGCCCCAGCUGGACUACAAGAUCUGCACGACGGAGGAUAUGCGCAGCCUGCAUAUGCUGAUGACACAGCAGAGCCUCUGGGAUGGCCUGACCGAGCAGGAUAUUGCGGAGCUGCAUUCGCUGCUGGAGGAGCCCGUCUGGCGUAUACCGAAUCAGGCGCAGCGCGACAAUCUGAACGAAUCAAUUAUCUGUGACUAUUCGGAGAAUGCCAUUGCCAUGGGCCUGGGUCACAUUGUCAUCAAUGAGUUCUGGCAGGAGAAUAUUGGCGAUUUCACUGUGGAUCGCGUCCGCUUUCCCACGCUCAAGGACACCAUCGAUGUGCUGCAUCGGCGCGGCUUUAAGGUCGUCUUCACCAUCCAGCCGUUCAUCAGCACGGACAGUCCGAACUUUAAGGAUGCGGUCGCCCGCAAGCUGCUCAUCUAUGAGCGCUACUCGGAGCGCAGCAUACCGGCCCUGACGCGCUACAAGAGCAGCUCCAGCGCCGGCGUUCUGGACAUUACGAACAAUGCCUCGGUGCCCUGGCUGCUGGAGAAGCUGCAGCGGCUCAAGGAUGAGUAUGGCGUAAAGAGUUUCUAUUUGGACUUGGGCACCGGCUACAAUCUGCCGCAUUACUAUCAAUGCCGCCAGCCGCUCGACAAUCCGGACAUGUAUGCACGCAUGCUGACCAGCAGCCUGGAGAGCGCCGGACUCAUGGCCGUCUCCACGGCCAGUGUGGUGCCAAAGCCGCCAACAUUCCUGAGCACGCCGCCGGCGAAUGCCACGUGGGAGGGUCUGCGGGAUACGCUGGCCGCAGUGCUCAAUUAUGGCGUCAUCGGCUAUCCAUUUGUGCUGGCCGGCGCCAUUGGCGGCGACUAUUUGCUGCAGCGUCCGCUCACCAAAAUGGUCUCGUUCUAUUCGCUGGCACAGCCGCCGCUGCCGGAUGCCGAGCUCUUCAUACGCUGGCUGCAGUUGGCCACAUUCCUGCCAGCGAUGCAGUUCAGCCAUCUGCCGGAUGAGUACCACAGCGAGCUGGUCACACGCGUCGCCCAGGAGCUGAAGGAGGUGCGCCAGACGGUGGUCAUAGCGCUGCUCAAGAAAUAUCUCAGCCCCUCGAUGAACGAGGGCCUGCCGCUGGUGCGUCCGCUCUGGAUGCUCGAUCCCCAUGAUCCUGCCUGUCUCAUUGUCAGCGAUGAGUUCUCCGUCGGCGAGGAGCUAAUCGUGGCGCCCAUCUUGGAUGCCGGUCUCGAGGAGCGUGAGGUUUAUUUGCCGCAGGGCGUCUGGAAGGACGGCAUCGAUGGCUCUCUGCGCAAGGGCAGCCGCUGGAUGCACGGCUAUCGUGUGCCCAAGGACAAGAUUGCCUAUUUCCGCAAGAUGCCCGACAAUACGCGCUUCUAAGCGUCCACAGCUCCAGCUUACACUCAUCUCUUGUUAUUUUAAUUGUGUAUUAUUAUUGUAUUUUUAUUUUUUUUUUUUCUGUUCUUAUCUCAAUAUACAAUAUAUAUAUAUAGAUAAUACUACAUACAUCAUAUAAACAAAUGUUGCCUAAGCUCUGGGCCUAGUUUCUAGAAUCCUUUUUUUUCCUUUUUUUCGUUUUGUAUUAAGUACAUUAUGUUAUGCCCUGCAUGCAUUAGUUAUUUGAACUAAAUAUAAACAAAGUUUAUCGUCGUUUUAAACAUGAUAUGCGCUUCCCAAAGUUAGCUCAGAUUUGAAAAUGUAUUAAAACUUAAAUAUUUGAUUUGAAAAAUGUAUUAUGGAAAAUUCGAAAGUCAAAUUAAAGUGCAAUUAGAGGGCAGGUUCCUCAAAAAAUGGAUACUUAAAAUUCUUCCUUAAGAAGUCGAUACUCAAAGGAAGCCUUUUGGAGGCCUUACAUAUAAUUCGAUAUUUUCCAUAAAUCACAACAUUUAUACACGAAAAGUGGACAAUUUUUAUUUAUAUUUCUCUGUUACUGGUUCCCUUUGAAGAAGCGAAAUCGAUUUAUCGAAAAUAUAUUUCUAUUUGCACAUCUCUAAUUGCCUUAGAUCGAUAUCUUGCGCAGCAUAUGCGCCAGAUGGCGCCACCUGCAGGGCACACGCAAAUUAUGAAUCGAUAAUUAUUAAUCGAUAACAUGACUUAUCAAUAACUACACGUAUAAUUC